AAAAACAACAGGGGUUUACUGUCUGCAUGUGUGGGUCGCAGAACAGAGAAAGAGAAAAGGUAGAUACAGUCCAGGCUGCCAGGGAGAGACAAUGGGCUCUCUCUUGAUGUUGUGGCUGUUCGCAGCAUUGCCAGGCCUGCUGUGGGCCUCACACAGCACUCUGAUUGUGGAGGGGGACAAUGAUGCCUCCAGGAUCUGCAAACCUGCCCCCCAGUGGGACAUUAAGGGAUAUGCACCCAUGCGAGACCUGUUGGGAAACGUGGCUGUAGUGGCGCUGCUGAAGGCUGCCUGACAGUUCUGCCUCAGGCAGGCAUCCAAAAUUGGAGGCCUGCGUGAUAGGCUGAAUCGCAGCAACAUGACUGAGGUGUCUUUCAUAAUAGUAAAUGAGCGUGACGCUCAUUCCAGAGCAAUGUAUUGGGAGCUGAAGAGAAGUGCUCCCACCGGGGUCCCCGUGUUUCAGCAGCAACCUCUUCAAAAUGACGUGUGGGAGGCUCUGGACGGAGACAAAGAUGACUUCCUGGUUUAUGACAGGUGUGGUCUCCUCACCUUUCAUAUAGUGAUGCCUUACAGUUUUCUGCAUCACCCAUUCGUAGAGGCUGCAAUCAGAGCAACUUAUCAGAAAAAUAUCUGUAACUGCACUCAUAAUUCUACUUCAUCUGUCGGUGGUAACAACAUCAGAAAGAAUGGCACAGCUCAGCUUGUUGACGAAGGUUCAGAAGUGGCAGACACAGCUUCUGGAGGGACUCACCACCACCACCACCACGACCAUCAUCAUGAUGACCCCCCCUCUCAUCAACACCACCACGAUCAACAUUCCAGUCACCAGAAUCAGUCGCUACAUCAGCAGGAUCAGGGUGAUUCUACUUCUCAUCACCACCACCACCAUUCCCCCCAUCAGCAGCACCAACAUGAUCAUUAAUCUGGCAGCAGCACUGAUAACUAACAUUUGUAAUUUGCUUUAGUGUAGUUUGAUUAGAAUCUGAAUGUUUUUUGUGCAUUUUUAUUUUAUUGUAUUGUCUAAUUAAGCAGUGAUUAUACUGUGGUUUGUCUCCUGGCAUUUCCACACUCCACAUCUCUGUGUGGAUAAAGUAACCAUUCUCCACCAUCUCCUCACAUUAAUGAAGUCCGCAGUGUAAAAGCUGCUUGCAGAAAACUGUGGAUGGAUGUGUGUGGUGAGAUGGGAUGGAUCAAGAGUUACUGUCACCCACACAGAGCCAGGGGAGGGUGUGCAAUGCUGCUGAGCAAACCUCUGUCAGAUUACUGUUUAAAGGGGAUAUUACUACCAUUAAUAGCAUGAUUCAUGAUGAAUAUUUGUAGUGAUUUGUGUGUGCUAAUUGUUCUUUGCUGCAACUUUUCAUUUAAGGAAUACAGGAGGUUAUUUAAAACUGAGUAUACUAAUCAUAUGUAAUUAUUAGACACUGUGUUGCAUGUAGAAGACAUUCAUAGUAUUCGCUUCUGUUUGACCCACCUUAUCCACUACAGGCUUAGCCCACACUGUUAUUCACUGCAUGUUUGCUGUGUGACUCAUGUUUCUUCUUAUGAAUUCAGAGUGUGGAAAGAAACUAUAAAUUGUUUUGUUUAAAAAAGCAGAUAUAGAGACCAAGUGAUUUUUAUUAAAAAUUAACA